AUGCAACAACGACAGUCCAUUCGUGCUGCAUUUGAUAGGCAAUCUGAUCAGAUUAAGCUUGAAUAUUGGACUCGCUUAAAUGCUUCAAUUGAUGUGAUAAGACUUCUCUUGAAUCAAGGAUUACCACUCCGCGGUCAUGAUGAAAGUGAAUCAUCAUUGAACAAAGGUAAUUUUGUUGAAGUUCUUUCCUGGUACAGAGAUAGGUGUGAAAACAUCAAACCUUUCGUGUUAGAAAAUGCUCCAAGAAAUAAUAAAUUGACUUCUCCAGAUAUUCAAAAAGAACUUGUGACUGCAUGUAAGAUAGAAACAUUGAAGUCUAUAAUGGAGGAUCUAAAUGGUGAUUAUUUUGCUUUAUUAGUUGAUGAAUCUUUUGAUGUGUCACGUAAGGAGCAAAUGGCUAUUGUUUUACGAUAUGUUGAUAAAAAAGGAUUUGUAGUGGAAGCAUUUAUUGGACUUGUUCAUGUUACAGAUACCAGUGCUUUAUCUCUAAAGAAAACAAUUGUUAAUGUGCUUGCUCAACAUUCAUUAAGUUUAUCUUAUGUACGCGGACAAGGUUAUGAUGGAGCAAGCAAUAUGCAAGGUGAUAUCAAUGGUCUUAAAAUGUUAAUUAAGAAAGAAAGUAAAUCGGCUCAUUCUAUUCAUUGUUUUGCUCAUCAACUUCAAUUAACUCUUGUUGCGGUUUCAAAAAAAUGCGUUCAAGUGGGAGAACUUGUGUUAUUGGUUUCAAAUAUUUUGAAUAUGUUGGGAGCUUCUUUUAAACGAAUGGAUGAAUUACGACAAUCUCAAAAAGAUAAUCUUCAAAAGGCAUUAGAUAUGGAUGAAAUAGAAACAGGUAGAGGUUUGAAUCAAGAACUUGGUCUUAUUAGAGCCGGUGAUACUCGUUGGGGAUCUCACUACAAAGCAUUUCAAAACUUUAUACUUUUGUUUGACUCUAUUAUUGAUGUACUUGAUACACUUGUUGAAGAUGCAAAUACUUUAGAUGAAAGAGCUAAAGCAUCAGGAUAUCUUAAAAGUUUUCAAACUUAUGAGGUUGCUUUCAUGUUACAUUUGAUGAAAGAUAUUUUGGGAAUCACUUAUGAUCUUAAUAUAUCACUACAGAAAAGGGAACAAGAUAUUGCAAACGCUAUGAUACUUGUUGAAGUAGCCAAAAAAAGGCUUCAAAAACUAAGAGAUGAUGGAUGA